UAAAAACCUAAAUCGGUUAAAACAAAACAUCCCUCUGUCUCUACCUAUUUCACCCACUCUCAUCACUCUUCUUCAUCAGUUGUUGGAUUGGAGUAUUUCUAUUCUAGAUCUGAUUUUUCAUAAUAAGAAUCAAAGAAUUUUUCUUCUGAUUUUUGAUUUUGAUAUUGGGAGGGAAAUGAAGAUUUGAUUGAUUAAUUAAACAGUAAUAAAGAUGCAGAGUCGGGGAUCGGGUAAUCGAUUAUCUGGAUUGGUUUUCCGAUCCCGAAUUUCUAUUCUUACUUUUACAAUGGUUGCUGCCAUGGCUACUCUAUACGUUGCUGGAAGGUUGUGGCAGGAUGCGGAGAAUAGAGUGUAUUUGAUUAAUGAGCUUGAUAGAAUCACUGGAAAGGGGCAAACCGCGAUAUCCGUUGAUGAUACAUUAAAAGUCAUAGACUGCAGGGAACAGCAAAAGAAAUUAUCAGCUCUUGAGAUGGAGCUGGCUGCAGCUAGACAGGAAGGUUUUGUUUCAAAGCACUUGUCAUUGGUAACAGAGACUGACAAGACGAAGCCUAAGAAAAGAUUGGUAGCUGUGAUAGGAAUACUUACAAGGUUUGGCAAACAAAACAAUCGGAAUGCGAUCCGUAAAGCUUGGAUGCCAACUGGUGCAGCUUUGAAAAGAAUGGAAGAGGACAAGGGCAUUAUCAUAAGAUUUGUUAUUGGAAGAAGUGCGAAUCGUGGAGAUAGCUUGGAUAGAGGGAUUGACCGUGAAAAUGGGCAGCAUAAUGACUUCAUUAUUCUUGACAAUACUGAGGCACCUGAGGAGCUUCCAAAGAAGACAAAAUUGUUCUUCGCCUAUGCCGCAGAUACCUGGGAUUCAGAGUUUUAUGCUAAGGUCAACGAUGAUGUUUUUGUUAAUAUUGAUCCCUUGGCAACAAUUCUGGCAACUCAUAUGGACAAGCCUCGUGUUUAUAUUGGGUGCAUGAAAUCAGGAGAAGUUUUCUCUGAACCGGCACACAAAUGGUACGAACCAGAUUGGUGGAAGUUUGGAGAUGGAAAAUCAUAUUUCCGCCAUGCUUCUGGUGAGAUUUUUGUCAUUUCCCGAGCAUUAGCGCAGUUCGUCUCAAUCAACAGAGAUAUGCUUCGAACAUAUGCCCAUGACGAUGUCAGUGUUGGAUCAUGGUUCAUAGGGCUUUCUGUAAAGCAUAUUGAUGAAGCAAAAUUUUGCUGCUCAUCUUGGUCCUCAGGAGCAAUAUGUUCAGGUGUUUAGUUCAAUCCAUCUCAACUCUGGCAAGAACAAACUUACAAGAACAUCCUCCAGGUAUCUGUAAAUGGUGUUUAAAGUCCACUUCCCACUCUUGACCCAUUUUUAAUGUGGGAAAUCGGAUAAAGCUAGUUAUAACAUAGAAUCCAGCCAAAUUGUUUCCCCGAAGAUAAAGCCAUGCAAUUGCAGUUUGCACUCACGGAUACCCUUAUACAUGGUUUGCUUCUCAUUCUUUACUUUUGGCUAUUUUUUUCUUCCCUUAGGAUAUAAAAUUCAAUUUUCUUUUACAUUCGAUUCACACUCAGGAAAUAGUUGCAUUCAAUGAGUUUCUCUAACUUUUUGAAAUAUAUUAGAAGAACGAUUUUACACAGCCGGGAAAAAAAUAUAGCCUGUAUCUUUAACUCUAUGUUUCUCUGCUCUUACGAUGUCACAUUAUCUUCAUGUUUAUAGAAAAAUUCUUGCAAGGA